AUGACCGACGCCUCCCAUCCAGCCAAAAAGCAAAGGAUGUCUAAAGUCCGUGUUUCCCGUUGCCACCCACUUUUGGGUGCACUCUUCAGGACACUCCUCACACAUGUCAAGAUUAUUGGCACUCAUAAUGGCACCUUCCACUGUGACGAAGCCCUCGCGGUGUUUCUCCUCCGUCUAACCGACACAUAUAGCAACGCAGGUGUGAAGCGCACCCGUGAUCCUAUCGUCUUAGACACUUGCGAUAUUGUAGUUGAUGUCGGGGCAAUAUACGACGAAGCCCGACAAAGGUUCGAUCAUCAUCAACGUGGAUUCACUGAAGUGUUUGGGAGCGGCUUCUCGACAAAACUGUCGUCUGCUGGGCUAAUUUACAAGUUCUUUGGAGUGUUCAUGUUUCACCACCAACCUCUAACCAGCUUGAACAGGCAUUUCGGGCAAGAGAUCAUCGCUAAACACACAAAAGCACCAUCAGAUGACCCCAAAGUGACUGCGCUCUGGCUCAAGAUGUACAAGGAGUUCGUUGAGGCCAUCGACGCCAUUGACAACGGAAUAGCCCAAUUUUCAACCAAGGAAAGCCCAACUUAUAAGAACAGAACCGACCUCUCAAGCCGAGUUGGGUGGCUCAAUCCUGCCUGGAAUGAGACCGUUACUUCGGAUCAGGUGGACUCGCUGUUUGAGAAGGCGUCAUCCCUCACUGGAGAAGAAUUCAUUGGACGUCUAAGCUAUUAUACCGAUGCCUGGUUACCUGGUCGUGAUAUUGUGCAGGCCGCGUUUUCUUCCCGUCUCGACAUUGAUCCGAGCGGGAAAAUAUUGCUCUUUGAAACGUUUGCUCCCUGGAAGGAACAUCUUUUCGACCUGGAGAAAGACACCAACGUUCCCGAUGACUCGAAACCAUUUUAUGUCAUAUAUCCUGACGAGACAGGCAAUAGCUGGCGUGUUCAAGCCGUUCCCGUAUCCCCCGACUCUUUUGAAAGUCGGAAGGCUCUUCCAGAGGCCUGGAGGGGUAUCCGGGACGCAGAACUGAGCAAUAUCAGUGGUGUCGAAGGGUGUAUAUUUAUCCAUGCUUCUGGUUUCAUUGGCGGAAACAAAACCCGAAACGGUGCGCUCAAACUCGCGCAAUUGGCGUUGGCGACUUAAAUAAGGGAGCAUCGCCUUCAAUUGAAGAGUUCAUGAGAGUAAAUCCACAAAAUUUGAUAGUGCAUUCUCGAUGGCGGUUUCGAUAUCACCCAGGUGCCUGUUCUCAUGGGCGCAAAGCGGGUUUAAUAUACAAUAUCCUUCUUCGCGUCAGCACAGGCGGCGUUGCGUGUACGGCGCGUGUUAUGCACUCUGCGGCCUGCCUACACAUUGAGCACUGCAGUAUUUAAGACAAGUCGCCUUUAACCAUGGGCUCCCACCUCCAAUUACCUACACCUUUUCUGCACUGAUGACCUAUAACGAGGGCCACUACCAUCCCUUUCUUUUCGUUUUGAUUACGUUAUGCUCAAUGGGUGUGCUAGGACUCACUGCAUAUCUAAUCAAUGUUGGGAACAGAAGUCAUACUUGGUUCAGUCCUCGCUACCAUGCACUAUUAAUUAUGUUCGAAUUUAACGCCGUCUGGACAACAUUCUUUGGCACAGCUUAUUUGUUACGGAUGCUGGGAGGUGCUGUGCACCUUCUUGCGAGCAUAGCAAGCUCUAUAAUCUGGUUAUUGGUCACAACGAUCCUUUGGGGCACUGCCGCGGGCCUGAUGUACACCACGCGAAUAGGGGGUGACUGCAACUGGAUAUUAGCAAACCCUCGCACAACAAUCCUUGACGGCAGUGUCGAUUGUGAGGAGGAGCUGGGAAUCUCCGUCUCCAGGUGUAGAGAGGUUCUCACCGUAGAAGGCAUCGGUUGGACAGAAUUUGGGUUAUGCAUCUUGACUGUCAUCACGACUUGUCUAUGGAUGUGGAAAAGCAAUCGCCACGGCAAUGGUACAUAUGUCAGUGACUCCCGAACGCGACUUGUCUAGACUAGAGUUCGGUAGAUUGAUGUACAAAUAUUGAACGCUCUGUAAUUGAUUUCAU